AUGGACUCAUUAGUCAGAAAAGCAAAACUUGAACAGCGUCUCAGACCACUGGAAAAUUGCAGCAUACUCUUCUGCUUCAUGAUCUCAGAUAUGGGCUUUGCUAUAAAUUUCCUCCUUACAGUUUUUUGCUUAAUAGUUCCACCAAUUUACAGCCAAGUUACAGAAUUCAUCAGCAUAGACUGUGGAGGCACGAACAACCACACCGACAUAUCCACCGGCUUGCCAUGGGUUUCCGAUUCGGGAAUCCAAGGCCAUGGAAAGGCGGUAUCGCUCGGCAACAACACCUCCGGAAAACCGCAACAGUACCAAACGCGGCGCGAUUUCCCGACGGACGCCGGGAAAUACUGCUACAGGCUGCCGACCGAGGAACGCCGGCGGUACAUCGUGCGCGCCACGUUCCUGUACGGCGGCUCGGCCACGGGCGGCGCGUACCCCAAGUUCCAGCUGUACCUUGACGCCACCAGGUGGUCCACCGUCACCGUGAUGGAAGCUUCCAGAGUAUACUCAAAGGAGAUGAUCGUGCGGGCCCCCUCGGCUUCCAUCGACGUCUGCUUGUGCUGCGCUUCCACCGGAUCCCCUUUCAUAUCUACUCUCGAGAUGCGGCCUCUCAAUCUCUCUAUGUACGCCACCGAUUUCGAAGAUCGUUUCUAUCUGAAAGUGGCGGAGCGGGUCAAUUUCGGGGCCCCGACCCCAGAGGCUAUAAGGUACCCGGACGACCCGUAUGACCGAAUUUGGGGAUCUGAUCUUGACCGGCGCCCCAAUUUUCUGGUCGGAGUUGCUCCGGGCACUGUGAGGGUGAAUACGAGCCGGAUUGUAAAUGUGAACACGAGAGAGUAUCCUCCGGCCAAAGUUAUGCAGACAGCUGUCGUGGGCAGAGAGGGCAGCUUGACCUACAGGCUGAAUCUGGAGGAUUUUCCGGCGUGUGCGCGCGGGUAUGCCUAUUUUGCGGAGAUUGAGGAUUUGGGGGAGAAUGAGACGAGGAAGUUCAAGAUGGUGCAGCCAUAUAUGCCCGAUUACAGCAAUGCAGUUGUGAAUGUGGCCGAGAAUGCGAACGGGAGCUACACGCUGUACGAGCCCAGUUACAUGAAUGUGACCCUCGAUUUUGUCCUGUCUUUUGCAUUUGUCAAGACGCCAGACUCCACACGAGGCCCGAUACUCAACGCCAUGGAGAUUAGCAGGUACGUGGAGAUUGCCGCCAAGACAUAUGACAAAGAUGUGAUGGCCCUUAAUGCACUGCGUUCUAUGCAUUCUUUGGAAAGUGAAUGGACGGAGGAAGGUGGUGACCCUCAUCUGACGGGCAAGAACUUGAACGGCGAAAUCCCACAAGAGCUUCAGUACAUGGACGCAUUGACAGAAUUGUGGCUAGAUGGGAACUUGCUCAAUGGGCCAAUUCCUGACAUAAGUGGCCUUGUUAAUUUGAAAAUAUUGCAUCUAGAGAAUAACCAAUUAACUGGCCCAUUGCCUUCGUACUUGGGUAACUUGCCGUACUUGCUGGAAGUGUACGUACAGAACAACUCUUUGAGUUCGGAAAUUCCAUCAUCGUUGUUAAGAGGAAACUUAUCUUUCAGAUAUGAAGGAAAUCCUCGUCUUAGACGAGUGACAAAAACACACACCACCAAAUUAAUACUUGGGGCUUCAAUUGGUUUUCUGGCUCUUCUUAUUCUAUCCACUAUAAUCAUAAUUGUGCUUCGUCGUUCUAAAGCAAAGACAACUUCCCAGAGGAAUAGCAAAGAAAAUUCAUGGCGUUUCAGCACUCAGCCUUUGACCGCAUAUUCAGUUGCACGGGGAGGAUCUUUAAUGGAAGAAGGUGUAUCAUACUACAUUCCACUGGCUGACUUAGAAGAAGCUACGAAUAAUUUCUCAAAGCAAAUUGGAAAAGGAAGUUUCGGACCAGUAUAUUAUGGGAAAAUGAAAGAUGGAAAAGAAGUUGCUGUUAAAACCAUGGCUGAUUCGUCUAGUCACGGGACCAAACAGUUUGUCACAGAGUUAGACUGGCUAGCACGUCUUAGGAUUGCAGAAGAUGCAGCUAAAGGUCUUGAGUACUUGCAUACUGGAUGCAACCCCAGUAUAAUUCACCGAGACGUGAAAACAAGCAACAUUCUUCUAGAUAUAAACAUGAGAGCAAAGGUCUCAGAUUUUGGACUGUCGAGGCAGGCCGAAGAAGACCUUACGCAUGUAUCAAGCGUGGCCAGAGGAACAGUGGGCUAUCUUGAUCCAGAGUAUUAUGCAAAUCAGCAGUUGACAGAGAAAAGUGAUGUGUACAGCGUUGGAAUUGUUCUGCUGGAGCUUAUAUCAGGGAGAAAGCCUGUGUCAACAGAGGAAUAUGGUUCUGAUUGGAGCAUUGUUCACUGGGCCAGGUCAUUGAUCCGCAAAGGGGACGUGUUGAGCAUAAUUGACCCACCACUUUUGGGGACACUCAAAGUUGAGUCUGUUUGGAGAAUAGCCGAAGUUGCCAUACAGUGUGUGGACCAACACAGCCUUUCCCGGCCACGCAUGCAAGAAAUCAUAUUGGCCAUACAAGAUGCUGCCAAUAUUGAGAAAGGAAAGGAUAAAUUAGCUUCAUCAAAAGCACAAUCCUCGAGAAAAACACUCCUCACUAGCUUUCUCGACAUCCAAAACUCCACACGGGGCCCGAAACUCAACGCCAUGGAGAUUAGCAGGUACGUGGAGAUUGCCGCCAAGACCCAUGACAAAGAUGUGAUGGCCCUUAAUGCUCUGCGUUCUAUGCGUUCUUCGCAAAGUGAAUGGACGGAGGAAGGUGGUGACCCGUGUUCUCCUACCACCUGGAAUUGGGUGGUUUGCAGCUCUACUACACCACCAAGGAUUACCAAAAUGCAAAACUUGAACGGCGAAAUCCCACAAGAGCUUCAGUACAUGGACGCAUUGACAGAAUUGUGGCUAGAUGGGAACUUGCUGUACGGGCCAAUCCCUGACAUAAGUGGCCUUGUUAAUUUGAAAAUAUUGCAUCUAGAGAAUAACCAAUUAACCGGCCCAUUGCCUUCGUACUUGGGUAAUUUGCCGUACUUGCUGGAAGUGUACGUACAGAACAACUCUUUGAGUUCGGAAAUUCCAUCAUCGUUGUUAAGAGGAAACUUAUCUUUCAGACGAGUGACAAAAACACACACCGCCAAAUUAAUACUCGGGGCUUCAAUUGGUUUUCUGGCUCUUCUUAUUCUAUCCACUAUAAUCAUACUUGUGCUUCGUCGUUCUAAAGCAAAGACAACUUCACAGAGGAAUAGCAAAGAAAAUUCAUGGCGUUUCAGCACUCAGCCUUUGACCGCAUAUUCAGCUGCACGGGGAGGAUCUUUAAUGGAAGAAGGUGUAUCAUACUACAUUCCACUGGCUGACUUAGAAGAAGCUACGAAUAAUUUCUCAAAGCAAAUUGGGAAAGGAAGUUUCGGACCAGUAUAUUAUGGGAAAAUGAAAGAUGGAAAAGAAGUUGCUGUUAAAACCAUGGCUGAUUCGUCUAGUCACGGGACCAAACAGUUUGUCACAGAGAAGCAGUUAGACUGGCUAGCACGUCUUAGGAUUGCAGAAGAUGCAGCUAAAGGUCUUGAGUACUUGCACACUGGAUGCAACCCCAGUAUAAUUCAUCGAGACGUGAAAACAAGCAACAUUCUUCUAGAUAUAAACAUGAGAGCAAAGGUCUCAGAUUUUGGACUGUCGAGGCAGGCCGAAGAAAACCUUACGCAUGUAUCAAGCGUGGCCCGAGGAACAGUGGGCUAUCUUGAUCCAGAGUCAUUGAUCCGCAAAGGGGACGUGUUGAGCAUAAUCGACCCACCACUUUUGGGGACACUCAAAGUUGAGUCUGUUUGGAGAAUAGCCGAAGUUGCCAUACAGUGUGUGGACCAACACAGCAUAUCCCGGCCACGCAUGCAAGAAAUCAUAUUGGCCAUACAAGAUGCCGCCAAUAUCGAGAAAGGAAAGGAUAAAUUAGCUUCAUCAAAAGCCCAAUCCUCGAGAAAAACACUCCUCACUAGCUUUCUCGACAUCCAAAGUCCUGAUCUUUCUAAUGGAUCCUUAUUCCCAUCGGCUAGAUAA